AUGGCCAACAAUACUGACCUAGCUGUUGUUAUUCGCCUCUUGGCAGAGAAAUUAACUCAGGAGAGGGAUGAGCGUCCUGAGACGGCUGGGGAAAUGUUUGAAAGACUAGCGAAAGUUAAGCCACCCUACUAUAACGGGCAAGCUGAUCCGACCUUUUUAGAGAAUUGGAUUAGGGAAUGCAAGAAGUUAUUUGAGGUUGUUAACUACCCUGGUAAUAUGAGAGUAGGUCAGGCUGUAUUGUUCCUGAAGGAUGAAGGUGACCUAUGGUGGAGGGAAAAUGGGGCUAGGCCAAGUGGUGUUGAAGGAUUCAAUUGGGAUGCAAAUGUGAUUGCUCUGAGAGGGAAGUUUUGUCAUGCCUUUAUGAGGAAACAGAAAGCCCAAGAAUUCAUUAAUCUGUGGAUGGGUAGCAUGACAAUUUUCGAGUACUACGACAAAUUCAUAGCCAUGUCUAGGUUUGCACCGAAAGUUGUAGCCACUGAGGAGCUUAAGGCCUAG